AUGGCCAGCGUCGAUGGAAGCGGCAUUAAGCUUUCUUUUGAAAGUCUCGAGGAGGGGGCGGUCGUCGCUCCAGCCGGCGCCGUCGUCGAGGUCCGGGACGACUGCUCCCGGCGCGCGCAGUGGCUGCGCGCGGCGGUGCUCGGCGCCAACGACGGGCUCGUCUCCACCGCGUCGCUCAUGAUGGGCGUCGGCGCCGUGAAGGACGACGCGAAGGCGAUGGUCCUCUCGGGCUUCGCGGGGCUCGUGGCUGGCGCGUGCAGCAUGGCCAUCGGCGAGUUCGUGUCAGUGUACUCGCAGGUGGACAUUGAGGUGGCGGCGCAGCGGAGGAGGGAGAGGAAGCGGAGGGAGGCGAGCGAGGAGGGGAAGAUGGAAGAGGAGGGGCCGGAGCAGCUUCCGAGCCCGCUGCAGGCGGCGGCUGCGUCGGCGAUGGCGUUCGCGGUGGGGGCGCUGGUGCCGCUGUUGGCGGCGGGGUUUAUAGGGAGUUACAGGGUGCGGCUGGGAGUGGUGGCGGCGGCGGCGAGCGCGGCUCUGGUGGCGUUCGGGUGCGUGGGUGCUUUGCUGGGGAAGGCGCCGGUGGCGAGGUCGUGCGCUAGAGUGGUGGCGGGCGGGUGGGCGGCCAUGGCGGUUACGUUUGGGCUCAUGAGGCUCGUGGGCGCUAAAGCGCUUUGAGCGUUACAAUCACUAAUCAUCGUUAUUAUGAAGUAAUAAGGCAGAUCUUAAUAUAAAAAAAAAUACUAAGAUUAUAUUUGAAAAUGGAGUUGCAUAAUUAUAUAUGUAGAAAAAUCAAUGCUCCCAUGAACGUCUCAACUGAGAAAUUGUAGUUUUAAUCACUAUUGCAU